GACUUAUAAGUUUUGUCAGCUGUUUAACUUAGCCGCCAUCUUUCAGUUGCCGUUGUCGAAGUAUAGUAAAUGUCAUUCAUUAAAAUUUGCUUCUAAUAGAAAGCCAGUUUAAUCAUCGCCAUCCUUGGAUAAAAUAUUUUAUACAAGAUGACGACUGGAAUGCCCGAGCUGGGCUCCAAAAUUAGCCUAAUAUCGAAGGCAGAUAUUCGUUAUGAAGGACGUUUAUUUACAGUUGAUCCUCAAGAAUGUACAAUAGCUUUGGCGUCCGUUCGUUCUUUUGGUACAGAAGACAGAGAAACUCAAUACCCUGUACCAGCACAAAACCAAGUGUAUGACUACAUCCUUUUCCGUGGUACAGAUAUAAAAGACAUUCGUGUAAUAAACAAUGUCAGUCACCCACAGCCCCUUAAUGAUCCAGCUAUCAUGCAACUCUCUGUUCCUCCUACAUUGGGUGGCCAGACAUUUCAAAGUCAUCCAGUUUUGGGUCCCAUGGGACCUCAAAUGGGACAGUUUGGUGGAGCUUAUGGUGGUAUGGGUGCAAUAGGAACAAUAGGUACUGGAGCAAUUGGAACUUCACUGGGUAUGCAGAGUUCUUCGAGAAGUUUGAGCAACUCGAAGCCAACUUCUGUUCUAGAUCUAAUUGGUGGAUCAAGAAGUACAACACCGGCUAGUUUGAGCUCUAGAAAAUCACCGACCAUCGAUCAGGGUGUUCAAGCUGGUGGAUCCAGUCAUAAUGAGAAGAAAGUCGUGAAACCAAUCCAACCUCCAAAUCAGAAAAACCAAAGGAGAUCAAAUGAAAAUAGAGAUACUAGGGGUGAUAGAGGUGACCACCAGCAACAAUCUCGGCCGUCUGGAGGAAGACCUCAACAGUACAAUGCCCAGCAUAAUUACCAACAUCAACAAUCUUAUUCGAAUCAGGGAUACCAACAAAAUCAGAAUCACAGAGGCAAUUGGGUGAAUAAUAGAGGUCCAAUGAGAAUGAGAGGUAGAACCAGGGGUACUGGAUACAGAAAUAAUCCAUCUGGUAAUGCUACAAGACCUAGGAAUACCUUGAAAUUUGAGAAUGAUUAUGAUUUUGAACAAGCAAAUACGGAAUUUGAAGAAUUGAGAAGUCAACUAGGAAAGGUAAAAAUAGAUGAAGCCGGAAGCGUUAGUGCGAAAAGCAGCGACGUUAACGGAGAUGUGGACAAAAAAGACGAUUCUGGAAAUGAAACAGGCGCUGGAGAAGCCGAACAAGAUGAAGAACACGAAGUUUAUUAUGACAAGAGUAAGUCUUUCUUUGACAAAAUAUCUUGCGAAGCUGUCGAAAGAGCCAAAGGCAAAUCGCAAAGGACCGAUUGGCGAGUUGAGCGCAAAUUAAAUUCUGAAACAUUCGGAGUAGCAGCUGCAAGAAGAGGAAGUUACAGGGGUCGUGGUGGAUUUAGAGGAAUGGGUUACCGAGGUGGUUACCGUCCUAAUUACCGACAACAAUCUCAACAGAAUAAUCAACAACGCCGCGCAGCCGGACCGAGUAAUGAGAACGUACAAUCAUCACAACAAAUCUCACAACAACAACAACAACAAGGUAAUCGAUCAGAUCAAAUUGAAAAACCACAACCACAGGAGAAUAUUCAUAAUGAUACAGAUUCUGUCAAAAAGAUCGUUAUGCAGGCUAUCGAUUUGCCUCCGGAGUGUUCACAGGCUCAGGCUAAAAGUAGUGACAGUAUCGGGAAUGUACCCGAACCUGCCAUGGCAGGUAUAUUAUUAAUAAUUUCUAGAUUAAUGUGGGUUUAUUUUAUCCCAAACUUGAUGUAAAACAACAUAUUUACUAUGUUAUUAUGUAAAUAUGUGUCAUCUUAUUAGAAAAUGCCUUCAUACUAAUCAAAUAAAGCAAAAAGUUGCAUAAUAUUAAAUCCAAAGUGGUUGUAGAGAGAGUGAAAUUUUUCAAACUUAAACUAAACUUUUUGAAAAACAAAAAUAUAAGAAAAAUUGAACAUUUAUCACAGUCACUCGAAAAUAACAGUUAUUUGAAUUGUUUUACAUUAGUUUGGUUUCUGUUACUUUCAGUCCUUGCUUAAUUUACUGAACUCCCUUGUUAUUGACUCAAAUCUGACUUGGAGUGCUCAGAUCAUAUCUGGGGUGAAGGAAAAUGAUUCUAUAUGAGGUUCUGAUGGACUGGACUACUCCAAAAAAGUCUUAUCAGCACUUUAAUCCUGCCAAAUCCAGAGAGAAUUUGGAUCAAAGCAAAAAUAAGCUACACAUCUCCAAUGGCUUCCUUAGAGAGCGGAGGUCGUUUCAGAAAGCAGAAACUGUUGAUUCUGUAAGAGGAAGGAGGAAACUUCCACAACCAUUUCAUUUCAGAAUGCUUUGGAGAAUACCUGUAGGAACAAGAGGUCUAAUCCCCUUUAAACUCAGAGAGAUUCUAUUAAAUAGCUUGUUAUCUAUCAUUCCAUACUACUGGUCAAAGAGCCUCUCUGAUAUUAAGUCAGCUUUCUCUGCAAGUAUCUGUUGUCAUUAAGCAUAAUGACUAUACAAGGAGGUCCUGAAAAUGAUAUAAGAAGUAUAGGCCUGCCACAAAAAGCUUUUAAAUCAUUGUAUAAAAUAAGGUCUCUCUAGAAUAGAAAGAUGUUCUGGGAAAUUUAAAUGUUUAAUCAACAGAUGCCUGCGAGUUUUUGGCUAAAUAGAAUAAGUAGUGAACACCUUUGAAACAUAAUGAAAGAAGAGAAAAUAGACAUAACGAUUAUAAAGAGAAAAUUGAGAUAGAAAGGUCAUAAAUUACGGAAACCAAACUUUAAAUAUAACCAAAGAAGAGUUUAAUUAUGAUACAACAGGCAGACCUAUAUGAACAUGGAGAAGAGCCAUCAAGAAAGAACUAUAACAGAUAAACCUAUAACUUUAUAAGUUGUGUGACCAACUUAACCUUCUAGGAACGUCCAAAAACACAAUAGUCAUCUGGGAAGGUUAUGGCUUCAGCAUUUUAGGAUGUGAAAGGAAUAUUGUUCAUUGACUAUCUCCAAAAGGGAGAAACAAUCAAUAGCGAAUACUACGUAGAAUUUUUGGAUCAUUUAAAUGCAUAAAUCAAGGGAAAAGGGCCUCAUAUGUCGGAGAAAAAACCAUUGUUUCACCAAGACAAUGCACCGAUUCACAAGUCGAUGGCAAUGAUGAUUAAAUCUAACAAAUUGCUUCCUCAUCCACAUUAUCGUCCAGAUCUAGCCCCUACAGACUUCAAAAAAUGUUUGCUGGUAAGAAAUUCAGCUCAAAUGAAGUAGCAAUUGCUGAAACUAAAUCCUAUUUCGAAGCAAAAGACAAAUCCUUCUACAAGCAGGGCUUCGAGAACUUAGAGAAACGUUGGAAUGAUUGUAUUGCUCUUGGAGGAAUUGGAGGACAUUGAUGAAUAAAAUCGAUUUUUGGCAAAAAAAUGUGUUUUUCUUAGUCACAUGACUUAUUGAGUGAUGUGUUAAGAUGGAAAGAAGCUACAGAAAUAGAACACAAAAUUGGACAAAACCUACUUAAUGACACUUGAGUAGUGACCACAUCGUUGAAACAUCAACAUGUUACUUUUGCUGCACUGGGAGCUACAUGAUGAUGAUAUGAUGUGUUGCAUCGUUACUCUAUUCAUUAUAUUUUCUCUUUUUGUUUUUAUGUUCUUUUUACUUCCAUUUCAUUGUAUCUUUCAGGAGUCUGUGUUUCUAUUGGUAUAUCCUUAUGCUUCUCCAAGUAUUUAUUAUUUCUUCCUCAUUUUCAUGUUUUAAUUUUUUUUAUAUUCCACUUUAGCUUUAGUUCAUUUAUUAUCAAACGAAAUAGGGCUGCCAUCUACCAAAAUAUUAACUUUGUUAAUUAGGACUGAAAGUAACUUCUCUAAUUGGGUAAUUUUAAAGCGUUUUUGAAAUAUUAUUUUUUUUAAUACAAAAGGAUAGACCUGCUUUUACAAAGCAAUAUUAUUAAAAAUGGAUAGAUUUGUUUCUUUUUAAUAUAAAAAUGUUUCAUUUUUAAUAUUGAAUGCAUGUUGAGUAUUGUCCUUGGGUACUAAUGUUGGGCUGUUGAUAUUUCUCAUUUAAUUAAAAUUUUUCAACUGUUUUAUCUUGCGGAAAUAAUGACAAAUAUAAUGUCAUCGCUAUUAUUGUCCUUCUAGUAUGUAAUUUCGAAUGGUGUUGAGGACUCAAAAUAAAACUGUUCCAAGAGUUUUUUAAAAUGCCAACGUUUGUGUUAUAAUGUACCAUAUAUUUUUAGCCUUAAUAAAGAUCAAAGAAAAAGUCGAAACGUUUGCAUUUUAAUAAACUCUUGGACAGUUUUGAGUCCUCAACCUGCGACACCAUUCGAGACAGAUAUAAUAUUAACGGCUCAUCAUAAUUAUUCUCAGAAUCUGUGGUAUGUUUUUCAAAUUUUAUUUCUUACAUUGAAUUAUCCAGUUCUUAAAAUCUAGUUAAUUUUUUCAUUAUUGUUAAAUUUAAUACUUUGAGUUGUAAUUUGUUGGAAAUAAUUCUUUUCAAAUACAUACGGAUUCAAAAAUUCAUCUUAAUGGUGAUCAUUAUAGAUCUAUGUUGAAUUGAAUCUUUGCAAUUAUUCCAAGUUUCUAAAUACUUUAAAACAAAAAAUCUAAAAUAGUUCCUAAUCAUUGAUUUCGGUGGAUGACUAUUAGUAACAACUAUCCACCAUAAACUAGAAUUGUCUGAAUUAUUAAUCGUUUUAUGUGCAUUUAAAAGACCAUGGUAUACUAGUGCAUCUAUCUUCACAUUCCAAAUUGAAGAAAUCAACAAUCAUUUACCCCUAUCCACUUACUGCAUAGGAAAUAUCUCAUCAAGACUUAAACAACUGGAAUUUUACACUGUUAUUCCUGUUAUAUUUCCCAUAGUAAAUGCUCAAAAAGAAUUUUAUUCUAAAUAAAGUAAAAUUUUUAUGUAUGGCUAUAAUUUUGCAAAUAAGUUUUGUUGAGUUAUUGAUAAUAUCUAUAACUGAAUCUGGUUGAAAAAUAAUUUUAAGAAUUGGAUGGGGGUGAAAGUACUUUUAAUCAUUUCCAUUUCAUGUUUCAAUUUCUCUAAUUUUUUAUUUAUUUUUCAGUGAAAUAGAAGAUCUGACAAGGCACACCUGACACUAGAUUGAAAAAAAGUACACAAUAAAAGUGUUUUAGUUAUAAACAAAAUACAACAAUCUGUGAUGGAGUGAGUUUGUAAUAUUAGAGAAUGUUUUUGUUAGAAUUACAAGUAUUACCAUGUUUUAUUCUACAAAAUUAUCUCUCGGCUAAAUUUUGUUAAGGUUGCGGCAGAGCCCUCCCGCAUUAUUUGUGUUUCCAACAAAAACUAGCUAAAUGGAGAACUUUAGUCCUGGUGUCAGUAUUAUGAUCUAUAAUUUUUGUCACGUUAUAACUAAAACAUAUUAAUAUCAAAAGAAUGGCUAAAUAAGAUGCGUUUUGAUGUUGGCUCUAACAGUUAUCGUGAUUGAAAUUAGGGAUAGUUGUGAAAGAAAGAAAAAUUAGGAGGAAACAAAAAUUAAUGGCACCAAUUAAACCCUACCAUAUUUUGUGAUGAUUUUGGUCCAUUUUAUUUUUUUUUCUUAAAUUGCGAAAUAAUUAAAUAUAUAUACUUAUUAUUGACACUAUAUUUACUUUUCACAGAAGGUCUCAAAAAAUCUGUAGUUUGAUUUAAGAAAAUCCUGUAAAAUUAUAUCCAAAUCGAACAUACUUUUUGGGAUAUUCUGUUUAUUGCCAAAAAAACUAUGGUGAAGUGUGAUUUUUUUAAAAAGCCUGAAAUUAUAUAUGCCGAAGGAAUAUCUUAAGUCUUGUAUCUUUUUGCAUUAGUUCAAAUGUACUAAUCAUUAUACAUUAUUCUGAUUUAUGACAUUACAAUCCAUUUAAACCUGAAGAUACAUUUGAACUACUUGAUAAUUGUUUUAAAUUCAUUACAGGCUUAAGAUUCAUUUUAGCAUUUAGGCUGUUUAAAAAUAUUAAUGACUCGUAGGAUACUUCCAUUUCUAUUAUAUUUUUCUUUUUUUUUUUAAAAAAAAACUUAGGAAAUUAUAUACUAAUGAAGAGUUCGUGGUUUACAUUAAUGAUUUUUUGUACUAAUUUUGGGCCCUUUCCAAUAUAAAUAUUAACUGACUUUUAACGUUAUUAAUUAUUCAAAAACAAUGUGGUUGAGUACAAAUUUAUUCUAAUUUCAGAUCCUUUUUUCUCACCGACGUUCCUUAAUGGUUCAUAUUUAUUUAAAACACUAUCAUUUAAAUACUUUUUUAUAAUCUUGUAGUCUGUUCCUUUGUCAUAACAUAACUUUCUGUUACUUUAGAUCCAUUAAAUAUGUUCGGUUCAAGAGUUGUUUCAAAAUUUAAUUUUUUAUAUCGUUAAAUGAAACAAAAAUUUCUAAAUGCACUAAUUUUCGCUGAUAUCAACCCAUUAGUUUGUUCUGCAUAUUGUAGUGGUUGGUGCUAGAUUGAAUUUGACAGAAACUUAGCGAAAUUUAUAAAUUUAAAGAUUUCUUAUAUAUUUUAUAUCGCUCUAAAAAUGUAAUAGAAAUUACUUUUUUUGUACUCUAAGCUUUAUAUUGAUUUAAUUUUUGUGUGAAUAAAGUUUUAGUUUACGAAAAUUUGAAUAUGUGGAAGUAUAUGGGGAAAAGGCAUCCGGGUAAUAGAUUUUUGAUUUUGAAAAUUUUGAUGUUUUUUCGCAUAAAAUUUUUUUUUAAUUAUCGUGAUCUGUUUGGGAUAAAUGUAUUUCAAAGUGUGGCCUUUUACCCUUUUUUAGAAAUGUUAUCUUAUUUUGAUAAUUUGUUAUAUAUAACCUGAUAAUUAUUAGUAUGGACUUUUGUUUUAUUAAGGUCAUUUUGAAAUAAAAAUAUCUGGAAUAAA